AUGGCCAAAAUUGGUGAGACUCCAUAUGAUAUAGCAGCCAGUAGUAAACAGAGCCAAUAUAAAGAAGUGAUGGAAUACUUACAGACUGUCAUGUCAGAGAAAUCUCCAGGUGUGACUGCUGGUCAAGGGAUAGAAGAUGAAGUCCCAACUGAAAUAAAGUUAAUGACUGACAAAAGAUCUGUGGAAUUGUACCUUAAAUUACUUGAGUCAGGAUCUGAGAAAAAGAGAGACAUACGUUUAGUAGUUGUUGGAAAGAAAGGGGCGGGAAAGACUUCAUUGAUUAAAAGAUUGUUUGGGGAAGACAUUACAGAUGUUACCAGUACAAAUGGAAUAGAAAUUCAUAAAAUAAAAUGCAAAGCAAUGUCUGAUGAUGGAAUAUGGAAUAAACUAGAUGGAAACUAUGAAGAAACUGAAAUUCAUGCAAGACUAUUGAAAGAAUACAAGGAAAAACUUCAGGACAAAGGAACAACAGAAGAACCAGUAGAAUCCCACAUUGCCAUUAAGGACAAUACACCAGCAACAAGUUUUGAUGAAUCAAAGAAAUCAGGGACAGUAUAUCAGCAGCCUAAAAUAAUGACACCUCCAUUACCUCGCAGCAACAACACCAAUUAUUAG